AUGAAUCUUGCUAUCGUUGAUGCAUCUCUAGACCAAAUAUUGAUGAUUGCUUAUAAAGUUGCAGAGGCUGAAAAUAAAGCUGUAGGGCUUAUAUUGGGGAAAGGAUUUUAUUCUGGAGCUUUUCAUAGGCAUCAUGAAUUUCAGAAGAAAGAAGUUUUGAAGAAAAUCAAAAUCAGGUUUGUAAAAAAUUGUGAGGAAAUUGAGAAAUUUCUGAUAAAUUUCCAUUUGAAUGAUGAAGAGAUAUCCAGUUUAGUUAUAGAUCUCAAAAAAUAUUCAUUAGAAGACCAGUCAAAAAUUUUAUCACUUGCUAAUGAUGUAAAAGAAUUUUUGGCGGGACCUAAAAAUGUCAUAGCAUGUGCUCCUGGGUUUGGGAGCUUACAGGAUAUGUGGUUUUGCUAUUCAAGAUUUAUGGAACAAAUUUUUAUUAUGCAGAACACUGAAGUUUGUGAGCUGGUCUAUAAUUCUGGGGAGGUUUCUUUAAUCAGCACAGUAUCAGGAAUCAUUUCUUUUUCAUUUAAAUCUUCAAGAGAGCUAGAUGAAUAA